CGCGCGCCGCUCUGGCGCUCCCUCGCUGGCUCUCUAUGGUGCGGGGCGGCGCGGUCACGUGGCGCGGGCCGGGCGGAAGCGGCGGCAGCGGCGGUUAAAUGAAGCGGGGCCGUGUGGGAGCACUCGGUGCUGCUGGGACAUCUCGACAUUUCAGGAAUCUGCUGUGGGAGCUGCUGCAGGAAAGAAACCCCAAACACAGCUGUCCUCAGAGCUGAGGGAUCAGUUUCCUCAUGUGAGCCUGACUGCCAUGCUGGGGCAUUGACACUCUGGGGUGUAGCUGUUUAAAAUGGCAGAGAGAGGUGGGAAUGAAGAAGUGAUUAACUUGAACAGCUUCAGCAAUCACAGAGGGAAAGACUGGAUAAACCACAGAGAUGAAAGUCUUAUCACAAUAUCGGAUUCCUCGGAUGAAGAUUUGCCUUUGUUGCUGGAAAUGCCAGAAAAGCAGCAGACUGAGGAAGAUGAUGAUGAUAUAAUCAUCUUAGCAGAGACUGCAAAGCAGCAGCCUCUGCGUCCCAAUGUCAUCAGACCUGCUGCUCCAUGGCAGGGUACAGAUGCUGUGGGAGAAGGAGGAUCCAAAAGUGCUGUGGAGUCUUUGAGCACAGACCUGCAGAAUUCAGCUCUGCCCUGUGAGGGAGAUGGGAAUAACCUCACGGUGGACAGCAGUGCUGGACCAAGCAGGGAGGAGAGUGUGGAUGUUGCCUUGCAGCAGCCAGGACCAUCUGAGCUGAGUGGCCCCAGGUCUGAACUUACAGGUAACCAGGAGCCUGGCCCAAGUUUGCUGCCACUGAUCAAGAUGAGUCCACAGCCUGCUGAUAACACAGAAACCAUUAGUCUGGAGAAUGCAGACCUUCCACCUCAGCAGGAGGAAAGGAUGGAAGCUCGAGAAUGGCGAGGAGAGAACUUGGAGCCAGAGCAGAAACUUGAAGGAAUAGCUGCUAAAACUACCACGGAGCCGGAGGAGAUCCAGGAGAAGGGCCAGCAGGAGCCCCGGCACUUCCCACCGCCGGAAGAUGAGCCACGGGCUGUGGCGAAUGGCCGUGCUCCUCAGCAAGGGCAGCCAGAGGCAAACCCGGCCUCUCUGAGGGCUCUGCAGGCUCCAGGGCCAGCCUUCCCCCGGCCCGAGCCGCAGCAGGACGGCAUCCCCGGCCCGGCCUCCCCGCAGCCGGCACACCCCCCUGAGGAAGCGGCUCUGCAGGCAGGGAGGGACAACGAGCAGCCCGGGCCCGCCUUCCCCGCUCAGGGCUCGCAGGAACUCGGCUCGGGGGAUGUGCCAGAGCAGGGAGCUGCUGGGCAGGAGCAGGACCUCACUGCGCUGCUCAUCAGAGAGACAGAAGCAAGAUUCCCAGAUGUGAAGAAGGAAUAUAUUGAAGAAUUAAUCAUCAUCAAGAACUGCUGUGACUUAAAUGUACUUUGUAACUUUCUUCUGGAAAAUCCAGAUUACCCAAAGAAGGAAGGCAGAGUGGUGUUAAACCCCAGCAGCAGCCUGCUUGCCAGCCAAGAUGAGACAAAGGUGCCUAAAGUGGACUACUUUGACUUUUCCAAACUUGCCCCCCUUGACCAGCGGUGCUUUAUUCAGGCAGCUGAUCUCCUCAUGGCAGACUUCAAAAUGCUGAGCAGCCAGGACAUCAAGUGGGCACUGCACGAGCUCAAGGGGCACUAUGCAAUCACACGAAAGGCCUUUUCAGAUGCUAUCAAAAAGUGGCAGGAGCUGUCUCCUGAAACCAGCGGGAAACGAAAAAGGAGGAAAGAAAUGAAUCAAUAUUCUUAUAUAGACUUCAAAUUUGAGCAAGGGGAUGUGAAAAUUGAGAAGCGCAUGUUCUUCCUGGAGAACAAGAGACGGCACUGGAGGACCUAUGACAAGCUCUCCCUUCUCCCACCUGUGCGACUGGAGCAGGAAUUCUAUGAGCAGAAAGUGAAAGAGAUGGCAGAGCAUGCAGACUUCCUCCUGGCUCUGCAGAUGAAUGAGGAGCAGUAUCAGAAGGACGGGCAGAUGAUCGAGUGCCGCUGCUGCUACGGGGAGUUUGCCUUCGAAGAGUUGACUCAGUGUGCAGAUGGUCACUUGUUCUGCAAGGAGUGCCUAAUUAAAUAUGCUCAGGAGGCAGUUUUUGGCUCUGGGAAGUCAGAGCUCAGCUGCAUGGAAGGCAGUUGCACAUGUUCCUUCCCCACCAGUGAGCUGGAGAAAGUUCUUCCAGAGAACAUCCUCUGCAAAUACUACGAGAGGAAGGCCGAGGAGGAGGUGGCUGCUGCCUGUGCAGAUGAGCUCGUCAGGUGUCCCUUCUGUAACUUCCCAGCUCUACUGGACAGCGAUGUGAAGCGGUUCAGCUGCCCCAAUCCCCGCUGCAGAAAGGAGACCUGUCGGAAAUGCCAGGGGCUGUGGAAGGAGCACAUGAAUCUCACCUGUGAGCAGCUGGCUGAGAAGGAUGACAUCAAAUACAGGACAUCCAUAGAGGAGAAGAUGACAGCUGCCCGGAUUAGGAAAUGCCACAAGUGUGGGACGGGCCUGAUAAAGUCGGAGGGCUGUAACCGCAUGUCGUGCCGCUGCGGCGCCCAGAUGUGCUACCUCUGCCGGGCUGCCAUCAACGGCUACGACCACUUCUGCCAGCACCCCCGCUCUCCUGGGGCACCCUGCCAGGACUGUGCCAAGUGCUCCCUCUGGACAGACCCCACUGAAGAUGAUGAGAAGAUAAUUCAUGAGAUUCAGAAGGAAGCUGAAGAGGAGCAAAGGAAGAAGAAUGGGGAGAACAGCUUCAAGCGCAUCGGCCCUCCCGUGGAGAAGCCCGUGGAGAAAAUCCAGAGGAUCGAGGUCAUCCCCAGGCCGGUUCCUCAGAACUUCCACCAGCCCCGGAUGCCCCCGUACCCCUUCGUGCACCCCCCGUUCCCCCUGCCCCCCGUGCGCCCCAUGUACAACAACAUCCCCCUCAACAUCGGCCCCAUCCCCGCUCCCUACGUGCCCCCCCUGCCCAACAUGAGGGUGAACUUUGACUUUCCCCAGAUCAACGUGCAGCUGGAGCACAACCUGCCUAUGCACUUUGGCCCUCAGCCCCGGCACCGCUUCUGACCUGCCCCCACAGCACUUGGCAGAGUCACCACAGGGCAAAGCCACCCCAUAAUGUCACCCCCUCCCUACUCCAGCCCCUCUGGGGUUUAGGCAGUAGCCAGGGGACUCGGUGUCCCUGCUCUGCACCCUCUCGAGGGCUUCUCCAAACCUUUGCAAUCCAACAUUUCAACCUGUGCUGCGACAGGGUUUGGUGCUACGUUUCCCAGGGGUGGGAUUCCCCCCUGAGCUGGGCAUCCAGAUGUUUUGUUUUGACAAAAAGCCUGUUCAGGCAGCUGUUGGGAGGAAAAGUAAGACUUUGUAGAACACACGGAUACAGCUGCUCCUUGGGGAAUUUCCAAAAAAUCCUGCCUUCCUGCUGGCCAGAGCAGCAAAGUUAGUCUUGGAGGAAGGGAGGAGACACUUGGCAUCUGAGUAAGCAUAAGACCUUCAAGAGAGAGGUAACAGGAGGCAGCUGCCCCAGCCUCUCCUGCCUGUGGUGAGGCUCAGGGCUGGGGUUCCUGUGUUCUCCAGCAUCCCUGGAUCCUGCUGGCACCUCCCAGCAGAAAUAAAUUGUUCAAAAGCAAGUCAGUGUAGCAUUUUUAGUGUUCCUCACUCUCCAAGCAGAGCAAGGGGCUGCAGCAGCUGUCCCAUUGCUCAGGUCUUGCUAGGAAGCCCACAGCCACGUUUAUUUGGGGGUGUUAGGAAGUGGCAGGAGAUUUGGACACCCAAAUCUUUGGCUGGAUAAAUUUGCCCCCUUUAAAGGGCUCAGUUUUUCCCUCCAAAAUUGUGUGCCCUCAGCUUCUGAAAUGUGGCCUUUGCUUUGCUGUUCUCAUCUGGCAUCCCAAAUCUCCCCCAGCUUCUGGCAGCAGUGCUCAGGCAGCUGUGGAACCACCUGGAGCCAAAGCUGUGCCCUUUAUUGCCAAAACUGCCUGGGAGACACCCAGAUAGACGUGUGGGCAGUGAUGUGUCCUGUGGUAGGAAAAUUGGGAAUGUUCCCUGUAGCUGCCGUGAGCUGGGAGCCUCCCAUUCCCAAACCCUCACAACCCAAUGGGCAGCUGGAGCUUCAUGCUGCAGGAAGCUGGCUGCUUCCACAGCACCAAAUAACUCAUGAAAAUGUGUGUGUCAGCUUAAUUGGCUUUGGAAAAGUGUGUUAAAAGUUAAACCUGAGUAUUGCUGGGCUUAGAAAGUGAGGGAAAAGCAAAACUUCCCUGUGAGAAGUGGAGGGUGCAGUGCUGGGCUGUGGGAGGAGGGUGGCACGAAGCCCUUUCUCCACAUCCCUUGGCUGUGCUGUCUGGUACAGGCCCCAUCUAGAAAAGAAAAUGGCUGGAGUGGAAAAAACCCUCUUCCAGGAAUGUUGGGCUGGCUUUUAGCAGCCCAGUUGUGCUGUUGUUCUCCAAAUGUUUUGUUCUGGCCUU